UUAUUUGGAGAGUCAAGAUAUGGAGAUCGAAUAUCUUUCUCAGCAGAUAUUGCUACUAAACCAACAAACACUACAAAUGCGACCAACGAACCAACAACAACAAUAUCAACAUCAACAGCAGCAACAACUCAAAUUACAGCAACUACAACCACAGAACAACAACGAUCUAUCAAAUUCAAACAAGGUGGUGAAAAGAUACAAAAGACAAAUGAAACUGACAUUGUAGAGAUCGAUGAUGCAUUGACGAUCUUUUGCAAUAGUAGAUUCAACUACGAGACAUGUCUAUGA